CACCAAGAGGAGGAGAAAAAACUGCAAUUGCAUGACGUCAUCAUUACAAGUAGCGACGUUGAAGAAGAAACGCGAGAUUUGUAGAUGUAAAGAACGAUUUUGGAUUAGGGUCAAUUGCAGCAGGAGCGUUUAUACCGGCUGCGAUGAGACCAAUCAGGCUUCCGGAGCCGCCCGGCGGUUUCUCAGGCAUGCCUGAGAUCUUCGAAGGCGGUGUGUACGGCGCAAUCAGACGGGCGGUUGUAAUUGGAAACGGUUUCUCGGGUGCGGAGAAUCAGUGUAUCGGAUUGGUUAGGGCUCUCGGCCUAUCGGGUCGCCAUUCCUUAUACCGUGUUACUAGGCCAAGAGGAGGGUUUAAUGAGUGGUUUCGAUGGCUUCCAGUUUCAAUCCACCAAAAGGUAGACUAUUUCAUAAGACAAAUCACAGUUAAAGGGAAUAAAGUGAUGCCUAUUUCACCUGAGAGAAAGGGCUUGUCAAGUAUUUUAGAAGCUGACGCAAAGAAAAUUGCAAGUAUGGCACGUGAAACAUUUGAAAGGGAAGGGCCAGUAUUGGUAGUGGCUUCUGGUCACGAUACCAUUUCUGUGGCAAGCUCCAUAAAACAGUUAGCACCAGAAAAUGUUUUUGUUGUUCAGAUUCAACAUCCAAGGUCACAUCUAAGCAGGUUUGAUUUAGUGAUUACUCCUAAGCAUGAUUAUUACCCAUUGACUCCUCAUGCCCAGGAGCAAAUUCCAUGGUUUCUUCGAAGGUGGAUAACUCCACGCAAACCUCCUGAUAGUCGUGUGUUUCUCACAGUGGGAGCUCUGCAUCAAGCUGAUUCAGCUUUACUAAGGAGUGCUGCCUCUGCAUGGCAUGAUGAAUUGGCGCUGUUGCCGAAGCCCUUGCUCGUGGUCAAUAUUGGUGGCUCUACAAGCAGCUGUCAAUAUGGUGUGGAUCUUGCAAAGCAGUUAACAGCUUACCUGCAGAAUGUUCUAUGGAGUUGUGGAAGCCUCAGAAUUUCUUUCUCUAGAAGAACUCCUGAAAAGGUAUCCAGAAUUCUACUGAAAGAAUUUAGUGGUGAUCCCAAGGUUUACAUUUGGGAUGGUGAAGGUCGGAACCCACAUAUGGGGCAUCUAGCUUGGGCUGAUGCUUUUGUUAUCACAGCUGAUUCUGUGAGCAUGAUGAGUGAAGCUUGCAGUACUGGGAAGCCUGUCUAUGUUAUUGGAGCUGAGCGGUGUACAUGGAAGUUUGCUGACUUUCAGAAGUCCCUUCGAGAACGAGGAGUGGUUAGACCAUUUACUGGAAUGGAAGAUAUAUCUGAGAGCUGGAGCUAUUCGCCGCUAAAUGACACCGUGGAGGCUGCCAGUCGGGUUAUUGAAGCCCUUGCUGGGCGUGGAUGGACAAUACAGUUGUGAGGGGAUUUCUCAUAUGGAGGUUCUAUAGGCUACAGCCCAAUAAUGUUUAAAUGGUGCCAGGAUUUGUUACACUAACACAUUUUCUCACCAAGUUUUGACCACUUUGCAAUAGCAGUUAACAUAUACAGAAUAUUUUCUGCCCAUAGGAACAGAGAGAGAGAGAGGAUUUUGUCAGUUGCUUACGGCUGAUUUUCUCCCUUUUCCAUUGCGUUGAAGUUACCGGCAUUUUAACCGAGCUUGUAUAUUGAACUGCCGUACAUUUGAAUCCAUUUCAAGUUAAUAAGAUUCAUUCACUUCUUGUUUCUGCA